AACAAUGUAUGUAGUGAUGUUAGAUACUGAUUAUAUGAACAAACCUACAUUCAAAGAGAAUUUUAUGAAUGACUGGAGAAAAAUACUUGGGAAAAACCAUGUAAUUCAGAAGUUGGAAGAUUACGAUUUCACCCCAAUAUAUGAAUGGCAUCAAAGGGAAAAGGAGAAGAAGAAGAAGCAAAUGAGUUCAGAAUAUAUGAUGGUAAGGGGACCCUUGAGGAAGGGGAAACAGCCGAAGCUCGAUUCAUCAAGAUUCAAGCAGCUUAUGAACUGCUCAUGGAUGUGGAGAAGCGAAGGCAAUAUGAUAUUGAUAAUCGAGUCAACCCCAUGAAGGCAUCUCAAGCAUGGAUGGAGUGGCUUAUGAAAAAGCGCAAAGCUUUUGACCAGCGGGGUGAUAUGGUUGUUGCAGCUUGGGCUGCGCAGCAGCAGCGUGAGAUGAAUCUCCGUGUGCGCCAUCUUUCUCGUUCAAAGGUUACAAACAGUCGACGAGAUGUUCUCCAAUGUAGUCAUUACAUGCCUAUUGUUCGUCCAGAAGGAAAGGCUUUGCCUUGUGUAUUAAUACAGUGGAUGCAGGGCAGAUGCCAGUGAAGCGGCUAUAAUAUUGUUGCCUUCAAACAUUACUGUUUUCACCCUUGAUUUCUCAGGGUCUGGACUAUCUGGAGGAGAGCAUGUCACAUUAGGGUGGAAUGAAGUAAAUGGCUGAGCAAACUUAGAAUAGUUAGAAUGAAGUAAAUGGCUGAGCAUGUCACAAGUUAUGUUUCAAAUUGUUAUGCUAGAUGGAUGUGACUUGUGAAUGAAAACUUAGAAUAGUUGUAUUGUGUCGAAUGUUAAUGAAUUAUGUAUUGUGUCGAAUGUUAAUGAUUCAG